AUGAGUUUCUCAACCUUACUAUUCAGUAAAAAAGGAGGUGCACACCCCAACAGGACUUAUUUCCAGCUAAAUGAUGUUACUAUUGGAAUUUACACCAACUGGUACGAUUGGCAGCAAAUCACAAAUAAUUGGACAGGAGCCAACAGUUCACUUUUGUGGUACUGGAAUGUCCUUGGCACAGGCCCGUAUGGCGAAGCAACGGAUGACUUUAGCGACUUUCACAGUUUUGCAAAGUGGUCGGCUGCCGGAGUAAAACAGUUUGGCCAGCAGGUGCCAGUGUGUGGAGUGAAUGUGAAUAGAGACAUAUUCGACACAUCUCUAUCAGCAGUAACAGCAACCUCAACAGGAAGAAUUGUGGACAAGAGGCCAUUUGUUGGAGGCUUCAUAAACACAGAAAGGUCAUGA